CUUUCACAUGCAGCGCCAGCGUACGGGUGGAGAAAAAAACUAAGAACCGGCAUCGAAAAUUCACGACCAAUUCCCGUGCCGCAACAACGCACGUGCACGAGUUGAUUUGAUCGGUAGAUUUACUUGGCAGCCCAAAAGGUUCUAAAACGCAAGUGUAGCGCGGCCCGAGCGGAAUUACUGUAUCGUAUUCUGAAAGAAAGACGCGUUCCGGUUAAUGACAAAAGACGCUAAUAUGACUACGGAAUCAGCUGUGCCACCACCCGCCGUUUGGGCUCAACGGAGUGAAGUCAUAUUCUUAACGUUAAACGUCGAAUGCACCGAGCCGGAGAUCAAAUUCACCGAGGAUUCGCUGACAUUUAGCGGAGUCGGAAAGCCGGAAGGCAAAAAGUACGAACUGAAUGUAGAAUUUUACAGCAAAAUCAACCCGGACAAGGUGGCAACGAAGAAUAUCAAACGUUGCAUCGAGUUCGUUAUUGCCAAAGCGGAUCCGACAGCACCAUACUGGCCACGGUUGCUCAAAGACAAGACCAAAACACACUGGUUGAAGGUGGACUUUAACCGGUGGGAGGAAGAGGGCUCGAACGACGAAGAAAAAAUAGACAUGAGCGACGGAAACGGCCAUAUGGCCGAUUUUCUGCAGUCGUACGCUAAGAAGAAUGAAGAAAUCUCGUUCGACGAUCUGAACGACCUGCAGGAGUAUGAUUCGGACGACGACGACAGCACUAUUCCGGGGUUGACGGAUGCUUAAAUUUGGAUCGCCCCCUGCCGCCGCCGCCACCACCACCGUGCAACACUGCUGCCCGUGUCUCGCAGAAGGGAGUUACGUGCGGCAUACCGUCGUCGUUGUAAAGCGCGAAAAGAUUGUUUUGUUUGAAAAAUAAAGCAAAACCAACACAACACAAAAAGCAAAAAUCGCCAUCUCUUUAACAGCGGAGCGCGCGCGUCGGAAUCAGCUAGAAUUAGUUACACAGGACACACACACACACACAACAUGGUUUAAUAGGAGGAGGUUGUGUAGUAGUGGUAGUAGUAGUAGGAAUAAAGAAGAACAAAAUGGCACUCCUCUCCUCCAACUACUCGCCAAACUGGGGGGGACAAGGGCAAGCAAGUAGGAAAGCAAUCGGACAUAGCCAAGCGUGAGGUAGGAGAGCUGGACGAGAAGAGAGAGAGAGAGAGAGAGAUCCAUACAAUAAUACUACUAUAGAAAUUAUCCUUAACAUACACACAACCAACCAACCAACCGACAACUAAACUCGGAUGCAAGUCAAGACAAAAGCAAGUCAAGCGAGACAAAAUAAAAAUCAACCAAACGGAGUUUUUGGGAACGGUACGUAA